GAGGGUAAGAAAGUUAAACUUGCUAUUGUUGAGUUUUCUGAUUAUGCUGCUUCUUGGUGGAAAAAGCUUGCUAGGGACAGAUUGCAAGAGGAGCUACCACCUAUUGCUACGUGGGCAGAGAUGAAGAGGGUAAUGAGGAAGCGAUUUAUUCCAUCAUACUUCCAAAGAGAUCUACAAUCUCGCCUUCAACGCUUGAAGCAAGGCUCCAUGUCGGUGGAUGAGUACUUCAAAAGCAUGGAUAUGGCUAUGAUCCAAGCUAACUGCAUGGAGGAAGAAGAGGCUACAAUAGCUAGAUUUUUAAAUGGUUUAAAUACAGAAAUAGCUAAUGUAGUAGAGAUACAACAAUAUGUAACUUUAGAUGAGUUAGUUGAUUUGUCUGUAAAAGUUGAAAAACAAAUUGAGAAAAAGCAGCAAAAUAACUCAUGGAGAAGUCGACCAAACACUAUCUCUAAGAAGCCAUGGUCAACUCAAGAGGGGAAAGCUCCUUCCAAACCUCAAGAUGAUAGAGGUAAAGGUAAGGUUGAGGAGGGAGGUAAAACCUUUAAUCCUAAAUCUUCUAAACCUUCAAGUUCUAUUCAAUGUCACAAAUGUCAUGGAAGGGGGCAUAUGAUGCAUGAAUGUCCAAGUAGAAGAAACAUCCUACUUAGAGAGAAUGGAGAAUAUGAGAGUGAAAAAAGUGAGGGGGAAGAAGAAGAGGGAGAAGGUGUAAGUGAGGAAGAUGAUUUGGAACUGCCUAAUGAUGGUAUAAUUGGGGUGGUUAGGAGAAUUAUGACUAUCAAUUUGGGUAGUGUUGAUGAAGGGCAGAGAGAGAAUUUGUUUCAUACUAGGUGUGGGAUAAAAGGGAAGACUUAUUCUAUGAUUAUUGAUGGGGGAAGUUGUGCAAAUGUGGUGAGUUCAUACUUGGUGGAUAAACUAGGAAUUGCAUGCAUGAAGCGCUCUACCCCAUAUAGGCUCCAAUGGUUGAAUGAUUGUGGAGAAGUAAAAGUAAACAAACAAUGCAUGAUUUCAUUCAAUGUUGGUAGGUAUGAAGAUGAGAUUCUUUGUGAUGUAGUUCCAAUGCAAGCAUGUCAUGUUUUACUUGGCCGACCUUGGCAGUAUGAUAGGCAGAAUUUUGAAGAUGUUUUUCCUGAUGACACUCCAAAGGGAUUGCCACCUUUGAGAGGGAUUGAGCACCAAAUAGACUUUGUGCCUGGGUCUCAACUUCCUAAUAGGCCUGCCUAUAGGAGCAAUCCUGAAGAGACCAAAGAAUUACAACGGCAAGUUGAAGAAUUGCUUGUAAAGGGAUUUGUUCGAGAGAGUAUGAGCCCAUGCUCUGUUCCAGUCCUAUUGGUCCCCAAAAAGGAUGGAACAUGGAGGAUGUGGUUUGUGGUCAGUUCUAAGGGAGUUGAAGUAGAUGAUGAGAAAAUCAAGGCAAUAAAAGAAUGGCCUAAACCUAAUAGUGUAACUGAAGUUAGGAGUUUUCAUGGACUUGCUAGUUUUUAUAGGAGGUUUGUGCGAGACUUUAGCACCAUUGCUGCUCCUUUAACUGAAGUUAUAAAAAAAGAUAAGGUUUUUACAUGGGGAAAGGAACAAGAUGAUGCAUUUAACUUGCUGAAGGAUAAAUUGUGUUCUGCGCCUCUUUUGCAAUUGCCUGAUUUUUCUAAGUCUUUUGAAGUUGAGUGUGAUGCCUCUGGUAAGGGCAUAGGUGCAGUUUUGAUGCAAGACUCCAAGCCAAUUGCCUACUUUAGUGAAAAGCUAAGUGGAGCAACAUUGAACUACUCAACUUAUGAUAAAGAGCUAUAUGCCUUGGUGAGGGCGUUAGCUACAUGGCAGCACUACUUGUGGCCUCGAGAAUUUGUGGUCAACACUGAUAAUGAGUCAUUAAAAUACUUGAAGAGCCAAGGUAAACUUAGUCGUAGGCAUGCUAAAUGGGUAGAGUUUAUUGAAACUUUUCCUUAUGUAAUUGCUUACAAACAAGGAAAGGAGAAUGUGGUUGCUGAUGCACUCUCAAGAAGGUAUAAAUUUAAUCUUCAAGAUGAAUUUCUAUUCAAGGAAAAUAAAUUAUGUGUUCCUAACUGCUCGUUGCGUGAACUAUUUGUUAGGGAAGCACAUUGUGGAGGGCUAAUGGGACAUUUUGGUGUACCCAAAACACUGGAAAUACUUUCUGAACAUUUUUAUUGGCCUAGCAUGAGAAAGGAUGUUGAAAAAGUGUGUUCUUAUUGUCUUGAAUGUAAAUAGGCUAAGUCUAGAACAUUGUCGCAUGGUCUUUAUACUCCUUUACCUGUUUCUAAUUCCCCUUGGAUUGAUAUUUCUAUGGAUUUCAUAUUGGGGCUGCCAAGGACUAAGUAUGGUAAGGAUAGUAUAUUUGUGGUAGUAGAUAGAUUUUCUAAAAUGGCUCGUUUUAUCCCAUGUAAAAAGACUAAUGAUGCAUCUCAUGUGGCUGACUUGUUUGUAAAGGAAGUGGUUAAAUUGCAUGGAAUACCUAGAACUAUUGUUAGCGAUAGGGAUGCCAAGUUCUUAAGUCACUUUUGGAGAAUUCUUUGGGGAAAGUUGGGAACUAAAUUGCUAUUUUCUACAUCUUGUCACCCACAAACGGACGGGCAAACGGAAGUGGUUAAUAGAACUUUAGGGAACAUGUUGAGGGCUAUUUUGAAAGGAAAGUUGACUUCUUGGGAAGAUUACUUACCUAUUGUAGAAUUUGCUUAUAAUAGGACCUUCCAUUCUUCUACUGGUAAGACUCCUUUUGAAGUUGUAUAUGGAUUCAACCCCCUUACCCCCCUUGAUUUAUUGCCUUUGCCCUUGGUUUGGGUGCAUAUGCGAAAGGAAAGAUUUCCUUCCAAAAGAAAGACCAAACUAGAUCCUAGAGGAAGUGGGCCAUACAAAGUCCUUGAAAGGAUUGGAGACAAUGCUUAUAAACUUCCUCUCGCUGCUCAGUAUUCCUCUGGAAAGUGCCACUCUGCACGAUGUCCCAGCGGAAUGGCCUCUGAACUAGUUGACUCAUCAGACGAGGCUGCUUGGUCAUUCUCUCCAGACCUUGUGGACGAUUUGGCGUUGGACCCUGUAGCAUGGACAGACUCUGAUUGUGAUGAUUGGGAGCCUAAGGCAUGGGUAGACUCGGAUCCGGACAUAGGUCCCUCCGAACUGGAAGCAGCCCCAAUUAUGGAGUGGGUUGAUUAUGGUAUGGAAAGGGUUUUGGGAAUGUAUGGAAGGGAGGAUAUUAUGUGGUGGUUAAGGAGUGAUUUGGGAGUUUAA